AAUGAAAAUUUAGUCAAGGAAAAUAGUGCGACGGAGCGGUCGAAUUAAAUCGGCAUAAUCAUUUGUUUACUCGUAAUCCCGUUUAUAUUUCUGUCAUUGUUUAAAAAUAAUUUGCUCUCAUUGCUAGAUUUACCUGCUAAAUAUUUGUCUUUGCUGUCAGACUCGGAUGGUUGCGAAAAAACGACGGCAGAGUACGAGGAAGGACUUGAUGAAAACAAUAAAAGUAACUCGCUACCAGGGCUGCCUAAGCCAAUCGCUUACGGAUUUAUUAGGUUAACUAGGAAACUCCUCACUUGCCUUGGCAGAGAUCCGCUCGGAUUACUGUUAGUUUAUUCAAUCAAUAUGACGUCGUUACCUAACACCGUUUUUAUACUGGUCUUGAGGGUGGAUCAAGUCGGCUCGUCCCACUGAAGGCCCAGAUACCAAAUAGACUGCAAGUGAAACGAAAACAAGUUCAGUUAUCUGUAUGACUCCGCAACCAUACUGUAAUGACGCUUUCACACCAAAGGAGGCAGUAACGUACCUGAAUGAACCGAAUGUAUCUUCUCUGCAGGAAAUUGAAAUCAGGUCAGCAAGGAACUGCAGGAAGUGAGACGUCCGUACCAUUCCAUCAAAAUUGCGACUUUUGCUUUGUAAUCUGUUUAUAUUUAGGCCGUGCAACCGAUUAAACAUAACUUACUCUCCGAGUAGGUGCACUAUAAAAUUUCACCUGCUAAUUUAGUCCGCUGGCUAACAAAAGAGACGCAGAGGGUAACCUCAUAUACCACGGAGACUGAUAUUAUUGUGUGAUAGUUUGGAAAGAAUGAUAGGGGAGUACGUGGAGGACAUUUGUCGAUCAAAAGUGAAAAAUGAGAGACAACGUCAACUACCGGACGCCGUUUUAAAGCAUCCAGAUGAAAUGCACAGAGCAGAUGUCGGUGAAGAGCAGCAGGAUUGGAGCUCCAGGGCAGAGCAGGAGGAGCCAGAUUCCCCAUAUAUUAAAGAGGAAGAAGACGAACAUAGCAUUGGUGAGGAGGAAGAGCCGUUGCGAGAGCUGGAUGAGGCGGAUCCCUCCCAGCUGCUCUUUAACCGCGUCAUUGUGAAAAGUGAAGAUGAGGAAGAUGACGGUGAUGGAGACCACCGUGGAGGAUCACAAGCAGACAGACCCAUAGCUCCACUAUCAAAUAGUGAUAACAUGUCAUACUCUCCUGACACGGAUGAUGAUGAACACUCUAAAGGGGAUAUAACAUGUCAUGCAGACAGCAAAGCUUUGGCAUGUCUUCAUUGUGAGAAAACAUUUAGCAACAAUGCAAAUCUGAGAAGACACAUGAUGAUUCAUACGGGAGAAAAACCCUUCAUGUGUUCAGUGUGUGGGAAAAGAUUCUCUCAGAAGACAUCAAUGAUAACACACUCGAGAACACACACUGGAGAAAAACCUUUUUCCUGCUCAGCGUGCCGCAAAUGUUUUAGUGAUUAUUCCACUUUGACGAAACACAUGAGAACACACACGGGUGAGAAACCCUUUUCAUGCUCAGUUUGCGGUAAAAGAUUCUCACAGAAAGCAACUAUGAGAACACACACAAGAACACACACUGGGGAGAAAGCAUUUUUCUGCUCAUUUUGCAAUACACGUUUUAAUGUUCGUUCAACAUUGGUCCAACACAUGAGAACCCACACGGGUGAGAAACCAUUUACCUGCUCUGUAUGCACUAAAGGUUUUGGUCAUCCUGCAGCACUAGCAAGGCACAUGAGAACACACACUGGCGAGAAAGUGUUCAAUUGCAGUGUGUGUGGUCAAAGAUUCUCUUACAAGUAUCAAGUAAAUAAACACAAGUGUGUUGACAAAAACAGCAGCAGUGGAGGAAGCUGCACAACUUUAAAUAAACAGAAUGAAUGUUGACUUUCACAUGUAGUUAACACUGUAGAUGCCAAAUUGCAAACGAAAUGCACUGCUGGGUUCAUGAUGUCCUAUACUCAUAACUUAUUGUAGCGUAUCUCAGGGAACUUACUGAUGCUACUCAUUCAUGUUUAAAAAUAUAUGGAGUACAGUCCAUGGUUGUCAAUUAAACAGUUUGAAUAAAACAUUAUCAAACAUA